AGAAAAAAGAUAUGAGUCAACUGUCAACGAAGAGAUUAACGAAGGAAUUGAAAGAUCUCAAAGAUAAGGGCUGUCCAGCUGGCAUAACAUUACUCGAAUCAGACGAUCUACGUAAAUGGACUUUUGAACUGGAAGCCUACGACAGUAUCUACCAGGGCGAGAAGUUCGCACUGAUGUUUAGAUUCUCAGAUCAGUACCCAAUUGAUUCACCAGCUGUGCAAUUCAUAGUAAAUAACACUAAGGGCUAUCUCAGUCCGGUGCAUCCUCACAUCUACUCCAAUGGACAUAUCUGCGCUUCUAUUCUCUCAGAUGGCUGGAGUCCAGUUUUGAAUGUAGCUGCAGUUUGUCUUACUAUACAAUCGAUGCUUACUUCAUGUAAAAGCAAAGAACGUCCACCGGACAAUGAUGGAUAUGUCGCGAGAGCACCAGAGAAUCCUAAGAAGACGAGAUGGGAGUUCCACGACGACAGCGUAUAAGGGUACAACUGUAAUAUUAGAUAAUGAC